GUGACUAUAAUGAGGGGCAUGGGAGCUCCAGUGGCAGGGGGAGUACCAGAAUGGAGGGCACCUGCUGGUACUGCAAGAAGAUAGGGCAUCCUUGGUUCAAGUGCUUCAGCAGGCCGGAGGGAUGGGCACCUCCAGGCAUGAAGCCACCCAGUGGUGAACGCGCACAAGCGGUGAACAUGCUGAGGGCAUUUGGGUGCAUGGUGGUGUUUCAUGUGCCCAAGGAGAAAAGGGGGAAGUUGGAGGCUUCUGGAAGAUGGGGUGUGCACUUGGGGAUUGCAAAGGAUCACAAGGGGUGGCUGCUAUGGGACCUGACCACCCAGAAGCUGACAGUGUCAAGGGAUGUGAAGUUUCUUGAGUCCCUGUACUAUAAGGAAUGGAAGCAGCAGCAACAGAAGCUUCCAUCUACACCGCUCAUUGUGGAGGCAGAUGAGGUGCAGCAGCCUUCAAGACAGGUGGAGGUUGCAGUGUCAGAGGAGGAGAUGUCUGGGUGCGAAUUUCUUAAGCAGGAGUUGGAGUUUUUGGGCCACGUCGUUUCUACCGAAGGAGUGAAAAUCGACCCCAAGAAAAUCAAGACCAUACAGGAGUGGAAGCCGCCAACCAACAUAAAGGAGCGGCAGAGGUUUUUGGGUUUUGUCAACUACGUCCGCCGAUUUAUACAUAAUAUGGUUGGGUUAUCUGCCCCGCUAACUGACCGACUCAAGGAUCACAACUCGCGAUACUUCCCGCAUCUGGGUACCCGGCUACGAUUUACUUCGUACCCUGCUAGUAUAGAAAUCCCACGACAACCCUCCCUCCGGGCAUUUCGGAGUCGACAAAACUACGAAGAUGUUACAGCGCAACUAUUAUUGGCCGAACAUGGCCGACGACAUGCGCAAGUACGUGUCCUCCUGCACCGCCUUCCAGAUCAUGAAAUCCUCCCAUCAGCGAGCAGCCGGACUACUACAGCCGUUGGAUCCGCCCGAGCGACCCUGGCAACACAUCACAAUGGACUACGUGAUAGGACUGCCAGCCGGUCCCAGCGGAAACGACGCCAUCCUCGUGGUCGUUGACUGACUCACAAAAAUGGCGCACUUCAUCG